AUGGGCAGCUCUGCAAAGGACUCCAACAGCAAAUUGAAGCAAUCUAAUAUCAGUUAUGGCCCAAAUAUUAGAUAUAAUUCUACAAAGGUUACUUGGAUCCAUGAUUUAACUUCUUUGGUGAUUGGUGUAACAUCAGGAAUUUUAAAAUUAGAAUCGCUUUUGGGGUUUUUAUUUUUUUGUUUGUUUUAUUCUUUGAUAAAUUUAUUUAUUUAUUUGUCCGUUAAAACUUGGAUUGUGAAGAACCAUCAAAAUAGUAAUCUGUUUACUGACUAUUUUACUAGCUUUUUUAAUGAUUUAUUUGUUGUUGAUUUCUCAAAAUCAAUAACUUCCUUUAUUAUGAUGUGGACUUUGACAUAUACAUUAAUUGAAACUUAA